AUGCCCAACACAGGCAGACCGAGCCGGGAUUGUCACUUGUGCCGCCAGCGGCGAGUCAAGUGCGACCUCGCCCGUCCCGCCUGCCAGCGAUGCACCAAGUACGGCGCCCAGUGCCCGGGCUAUCGGGACCAGCAGGAGCUCGUCUUCCGCAACGCCGAUCCCACCGUCGUCAGGAAGCGCAAGAAGCGCCAGGCCUUGACGCAGCCGCAGAUUCAGUCCCCCGGCCCCGGUGAGACACCGUCCUCGUCCUCGUCUUCUUCCUCUUCCUCUUCGCUGGCCGACUCGGAUCCGCUGCCGGAGCUCGCCCCCAAUGGAGACUUUAUCAUCAACACCUCGACGGGCCUCCACUGGACGUCUCACUCGGUGCCCAUCGUGCUCAAUGUCUACUCCAAUCUCGACUUCAUCAAGAACAUGUACCUCAACUUUGCGGACGACGGGCCGCUCAUCUGGGCCGCGCAUCUCUUCUCCCGCACAUACGUGACCAACCUGCAGUACCCGACGUCGCUGUACAGGGACGCCCAUCUGGAGACGCAGCGCGAGUUGGGAACCUACCUGGGCAAGACGCUGAAGUUGGUGAGCGAGGCGCUCAAGACGCCCGAGGGCCCUCAGCGAGAUGACAUUCUCGCCACCGUGUGGCUUCUCACCAAUUACGAGUUGCUCGUUGGCUCCCUUUCUCGCACUGAAACUCUCAGUCCAUGGCAUCUACAUGCCCGAGGUCUGUACAGCAUCCUCAAAGCGAGAGGCACCGCGCCUCUAUCUACAAACCAUGGCCGCAUGGCUUUCUGGCCUGCCUACAGCAUGGUGCAAAUCCAGGCGCUCAUCAGUAACACAGAGUGCCCCGCAGAGUCAGAAGAAUGGCUCAGCGCAAUAAAAGCAGCGCUGCCAGCGCACCCAGGAGAGGGCCUGGGGGUGGCCAUUUCACAGUUCAUCAUCAAGGUCUGCAGUGUGCAAGCUCGCAUCUUCAAUUUCCUCCGACGUCGCGACUUUCCGGCCGCUUCUAGAGAAUAUCCCGAUCUUUUUGGUCAGAUGAGGGCUGCUGAAAAAGAGUUUGAAGACUGGCGAGAAUCGAAUCCCAUCGGAAAUCACGUCCUGGAGGUGUACGCAAUCAGCCUGUACCAGUCCGCCAUCGUCAAGGGGUACCAAGGCAUACAUCUCCUCAUCAACUUCCUCACCCACUACGCCCCGUGUCAGGUCCCCCUCGAGCAGCUCAAGGAGGAUCGAAAGUACUGCUUCCGGACGGCGCAGAACGCGGCGCAGGGCAUCUUGGAGAGCGUGCCUCGCGUGCUUGGGCCUCUGUCCAAUAGCAAGGAGAAAUCGCCCAAGGACGUCUUUGAUGCAUUGCGGGUCAUAUGGCCGCUGAUUGCCGUGUACAUCAUGAGCAUCUGCCGGCCGGAGCAGCGACUCGCCGCGGAGGGCCUCCUCUUUUACAUUGGCCGGGAGUUGGGCGUGCGGCAGGCGCUAAACACGUACCCGGACGGGUUGAAGCUGCCGCAGGAGGCGAGGGAACCGCUGGAAGUAUCAGUUUUUGAGUCUCAUUGA